CGGAGCCGGGACCGGGACCGGGACCGGCUCCUCUGCUCUCCUCUCCCCGCCGCCCGGCGCCGCUCUCCGCCCGCCGAGCGCCGAGCCGGAUGUCACGGCGACGGGCGGGAGGCGAGGCCGGUGCGCUCCGCCGGCAGAACCGAGCCCGGGCGGGCAGGUGGAGCUGAGACCCGCGAACGGAGCAUGGAAGAUUCACAGCCCGGGAUGGACCUCAGUAACCCUCAGGAACAGCCCAUAGCUGCAGAAGAACAAGAGGAUUUGACAGACUGUAAUCUGAACAAAUCCCAGGAAAUGGAAAGCAUGGAUAAUGUGGAAGAUAUGAAGGAACACAAUCAGUCUAAUGAAGAAGCAGGAGAUGAUGUGAUUAAAGUGAAAGGUGAAUACAGUGAAAGAGAGGAGAGUGCUUUAAAUUCCGAGCCUAUGGAAAACCUGGAAGAAUCUGAACUGCCUUACACAUAUCCCAGAGAAUAUAACGAAUAUGAGAGCAUUAAACUGGAAAGACACUCGGGUUCAUAUGACAACGUCAGGCCAGCUAGUGGAAAGAUGAAUUGUGAUAUCUGUGGAUUAGCCUGCAUUAGCCUCAAUGUCUUGAUGGUUCAUAAGCGUAGCCACACUGGUGAACGGCCAUUCCAGUGUAAUCAGUGCGGAGCUUCCUUUACUCAGAAGGGAAACCUCCUCCGCCACAUUAAACUACACACAGGGGAAAAACCUUUUAAGUGUCACCUGUGCAGUUAUGCCUGCCAAAGGAGGGAUGCGCUUACGGGUCACUUAAGGACACAUUCUGUGGAGAAGCCUUACAAAUGUGAGUUUUGUGGAAGGAGCUACAAGCAGAGGAGCUCGUUGGAGGAGCACAAGGAGCGGUGCCGGACUUACCUGCAGAACGCUGGCAUGUGUGAGGCUGCCAGCGUGGAGGCAAGGCACAUCAAGGCAGAGAUGGGGACUGAAAGAGCCCUUGUGCUGGACAGGCUAGCAAGCAACGUGGCAAAGAGAAAAAGCUCAAUGCCUCAGAAAUUUAUUGGUGAGAAACGGCCCAACUUCGAUAUCAAUUACAACUCCAGUUUCCUGUACGAAAAGGAGAGCGAGAUGAUGCACGGGCGCAUGAUGGACCAGGCCAUCAACAACGCCAUCACCUACCUGGGGGCCGAGGCGCUGCGGCCGCUGGUGCAGACGCCGCCGGCGCCCACGGCCGAGAUGGUGCCGGUCAUCAGCAGCCUGUACCCGCUGCCGCUGCCCCGCGCCGACGUCCCCAACGGCUCUGACGGCGACAAGAGCCACCUCAGGGACAAGAGCCUGUCCUCCGACAGGGGCCUUUCCCCGAACAACAGCGGCCACGACUCCACAGACACUGACAGCAACCACGAGGAGAGGCCCAACCCCGCCUUCCACCAGAGCCAGGUGAUCGCCGCUCCCGCCCGCAACGGCCUCCAGGCGCUGAAGGAUUUCCCGAGGCCCUACGACAUCAUCAAGCCUCCAGCCAUCUGCCCGCGCGACGCCUUCAAGGUCAUCAACAAGGAAGGGGAGGCCAUCGGCGUGUACCGCUGCGACCACUGCCGCGUGCUCUUCCUGGAUUACGUGAUGUUCACCAUCCACAUGGGCUGCCACGGCUUCCGCGACCCCUUCGAGUGCAACGUCUGCGGCUACCGCAGCCACGACCGCUACGAGUUCUCCUCGCACAUAGCGCGGGGAGAGCACAGAGUCGUGCUCAAGUGAAAGGACCGGCUCUCCAAGGUCAAAGGAUGUGUUUCCCGUCAGAGGGGAGGCUUGGUUGGUUGGGGUUUUAAUUAGUGUAAUGAGAUUUCUUGAGUAUUUUUCUAGGCCGGUUUUAAGUGUGUCACAAGGAGGUGACAACUUUUUACAUUUGUUUUUCCCGAUAAUUCAGUGUUCUGUAGCAUCUCUGCCUGGCUGCUGUGGUGAGUGGGACUGUGGGAAACACCAGGAGCAGAGACUGGUUUUGAUAUGAACUUUUUUUUUUUUGUGAAACUUCAGAGCCAUUUACAAUGUUUUCAAUUUUUAACUUGUGUUUGUUUUUAUAGAGUUUGCUUUAAGUCAGCACAAAAGAUUUUCAUGCCAAUUCCCCUGCUCACUCAGGUGUACAGUCAGAGAUGUUUUGGAGGAGCUUUUCCUGGUUAUAAUCCCAAUGGCCUCCCAGUUGCUCAACACCAAAACAAGGAAAAUGAGGGCAGGAAAGGGGAGGGAUUAUUAAUUCCUCCUUAAAGCUUUUCCUCUAAGCCCUAACGAGAGUGUGGCACACUUUCAUUUUUCUUACUUGCUGACUUUCUUUAAAGUUACUCAGUAAGAGGAAAAUAAUAAAUGAGAUCUAUUUGGGGUUGGGAUUUUUUAACAAUACAUAUUUUUAGGAUACCCAGUGAGGUCACUGGUUGGCUCAUCCAUGUGUCCUGGAGGAAAUCCCAAUUUUCAUUGCUGGAAACUCCUCCUUCCUGGUGGGUGCCUAGAAGGAGGAUGAAGCUGUGCUGUGUGUUGUGCCUCUGCCUUGCUCUCCCAGCAGGACAUGUGGCUGUGCCAUCCAUGUCCCACAGGGUGGCCCUGGCUGGCUGUGGACAGGUGAGACCUCAGGCAGGUGUGUGAGAGCCACACCCACACCAGGACAGCCCUCAGGAGGUGCAGCUCCACACCCUGAGCAGGUGCCAUCCCUUUGAAGCUGGUUUUUACCACAGUUCUUUGAGUCUCCCCAUAGCCCUGCAGCUGUCUCGGUGUCCCUGUGCUGGAGAGGGGUUUGGUAACAGCUUUGCUGAGUGAAGGUUUAGUCUUUGCAAAGAUUUUUGUAUCUCAUAGUUAGGAGUGUUCUGAUGGGCUUUCUGCAUCCCUUGUGUGGUUUGAGAGCUGUGUUGCUUUUGUGUUAUCCCUGGUGAUCCAAUCACUUCCCUAAGGGAAGGCUGGAGAACUGAGGGUCAAAUACUGAAAUUCAUCCCUCCCUCUGAAUUCUUUAGGCUCAGUUAUUUCCUCCCUGAAUUUUAAGGUACAAAAUAAGAAAUUUAUAUUCAUUUUUUCCCACUAAGGGUGGGUCUGGAGAGGCACAAAUCAGCCUGUAGUGUGCCUGACUAUCCAGAGUGCUGUGGAAAUGCUAAUCCAGCAUUUCCUAAUGCUAAUCCUGCUGUCCCUGGGGUUGAGGAGAACUCUUUUGCUGUUAUGUGUGGAGCUGUAAAGCAGGUUUAGGAUGUUUCCCAGAGCCCCAUGAUGACAAAGGUGCAUGUUGGCUCUCCCCCAGUGAACAUCCAUGUCACAAUAUGAACAAUGCCCCUCCUGUUAGGGAGGCUGCAGUUCCACCAAGGAUCAGUCCAAAGGGCCAAGCUUUUGGGUCCACAAAACAGAGGGAAAGGGAGGGGAAGGGAGCGAGAGAAUUCCCAGAGAACAAAGAGAAGGUUGCCCUGACAUUUUAAAGUCCAACUUUUUUAGGACAUUGUGGUUGUCUUUAUCAGUUUUUAAUUUUGUGACAAGCUUGCUUUUCAAUGGCUUAGUUUUCAAGACCAAAGAAUUGUCAAUAAAUGAAUAAAAUAUUUAAAUAAUGAUGAUGUCCUGACUUGAGGGCAGGCAAAGGCAGGUUCUUAAAGGAGAAAUGUCUCCUGAAGCCAUCCAAAAAUCUUAUUUUCCAUAAGUGGGUUGGGUAAUGGAUUCAUCCAAGAAUACACUUGGAUUGUCCCUUCACACCCCACCUUUCACCCCUGUCCCACAGUGCUGCCCUGGAGCUGCUGGCUUGAGAGAUGAAUCCCACUGGGCUCUGUCUGGAUGUUGAGGGGCUGUGCUGGUCCAGGGCAGGUCUCUGAGCUUGGAGGAGCUCUGGGAAAACAAACAGAAAAACCACUGGUACUAGUUGGAAGCCUGAUUUAUUCUGCUCCUGGCUUGGUUGUUUUGGACUGGAACAGGUUUGAAGCAUUCUCCAGUCCCUUGGUGUGUCCAUCUCAUUUGGUUCUUCAUUUACUGAUGAAUUACACCCCCAGAGUGGGCAGGGGACGCUCAGAGAAGGAGCUUUUGGCACCAAAUGAGCCUGUGGUGCCUAAGGGUUUAUUGAAGUUUUAAAAAUGUCAGUAAAUAAAUGUCAGAGCUGGCAAGUGACCAGCAGAGCUGGCUGAGGUGUGGGAAUGAGCGCUGGGGCUGGAGCUGCUGGUGCCCAUCACCUCUGGGACCUGUAAAUCCCACAGGUGUGAUGGAACCUGUGGCUGUGUCCCCGUGGGGUGCCGAGCCGUGCUGGAGGCUGUGCUCAGCAGAACCAGUCACUCAGUGGAGUAACUGAUACAGUCAGAGGUGUAAAAUAACAUCGUCUGCUCCUCUGACUGCUGGAAAAUGGUGUUGGACACGGUUUUGGUUAAUAGAGGAACAAUUUAACCCCAGAGCUGCGGGGUGGAGGCAGCUCAGCCCCACGCUUGGGCUGCGGGGUGGGCUGGUGGUUCCCGGGGGUGCCGGGGCUGCGGCAGCCAGAUGGAAACAUCCCGGCGGCGGAGGGUGGAGGCUCACACCAACCCCCCGGCCCUUUUAGCACCUGCUUUACCAGGCUGACGUUGUUCGCACUUGUUUCAUUCCCCCCUGACACCUUCUGCCGCAAGAGCUGGACACGCUUGAGAAACAGAGACGGAAAAAAAAAAAAAAAAACGAGAAGAAAGUCAGAGGAUCCUUUUUUUUUCUUUUCCCUUCACUUCCUUCCCAGCCUGGGCGCGACUCUAGCACUGAGGGAUCUUCCCUCUGCUGCUACCCGGAGAUUCCGAGGGCUGGGUGAGACUGAGCGGGCUCGGGGCUGGGCACAGAGAGUCCCACGGCGUCUUCCCGUGCUGGUUCGUCCCUUCAUAGGAAUUGGUUUGUUCCAAAACCCCUCAGCCUUCUCCUUCCUGGAGCCAAACCCCUUUAAAGGCUUACAGAAACUUUCAGUUGGUGUUGUGACAGAGAGAUUCUUAUCUGCUGAUAGCUGUAAUCGUGAUAGAGCACAGAGGAACUCGUUUCUCCUGUCGUGUUGAAACACGCUUCCUAACGCACAAAAAAAUCCCAUAAAACUUCCUGGUGCUGGUCUGCAUCCUCGGAGCAUCCCGGCCGGAUCCUGCUCCCACGGGGAGCGGUCCAGCACCCAAAAACCCGACGGUGCCGGGAGUGACAGGGAGGACUGAGUCACUGCCACCACCUCCUCCGUGUCCCAAUUCCCCAGCCGUGCAUUGAGUCACGCUGCCCGCGCCGGCCCGGCGGGGACCCGGCGGCGCUUUCCCACCCUGGCGUGGGUCGGGUUCCCAAAUCCGGGGAGCAGGGGGUGAGCAGAGCCACCUCUGUGCUGAGCGGCAGCGGGAAGGGCCAUUGGAAAUGUCCCUAGCUCUGGCACCGCCAGCGGGGAGCUCUGCAGCACCGGGACAGGGCCGCGACUGUCACCGGGGCACCACGACGGGGGCAGCAGGUUUGUGUCACGCCUGAUGCCCCCCUCGCUGCGCCGGGAGGGAAGCGAAGCCCCCGGGGAGCAGCCGAACCUGCCCCUCCAGCCGGGUUAUAUCGGGCUCCACAUUUGCAUGGCAGCGAGUCGGCACCUGGCAGUGAAAUCCUCGGGGGAUCGAGGACACGGGGAGCGGCUGGCGAUUGUCACACACCGGCGACAGGAAAGUCCCAGCAGACGAUUGUUUUUAGAAGAAUCUACUUCCAGCCCGCACGGCUCCAGCCCCUGCGGAGCUGCGGCCGUGGUGGGAUGGGGGUCAUGGUGCUGGGCUCCA